AUGCUUUUUGGAAUGAGCGCGUGCGGCAGGAAGGCUCUGACUCUGCUCAGCAGCGUGUUUGCUGUGUGCGGUUUGGGGCUCUUAGGAAUUGCUGUUAGCACCGACUACUGGCUUUACCUGGAGGAAGGAAUCAUCCUGCCCCACAAUCAGACCACCGAAAUCAAAAUGUCGCUGCACUCUGGUCUCUGGAGGGUCUGCUUUUUGGCAGGUGAGGAGCGUGGCCGGUGUUUUACUAUAGAAUACGUCAUGCCCACGAACGUCCAGCUGACGUCUGAAUCGACAAUCAAUGUUCUAAAGAUGAUUCGUUCUGCUACGCCUUUCCCUUUGGUCAGCCUCUUUUUCAUGUUCAUCGGGUUUAUACUGAGCAAUAUUGGACACAUUCGGCCUCACAGAACCAUCCUGGCCUUUGUAUCAGGAAUCUUCUUCAUUCUGUCUGGUUUAUCUCUGGUUGUGGGGCUGGUGCUGUACAUAUCCAGCAUUAACGACGAGAUGCUGAACCAGACCAAGGACUCAGAGACUUACUUCAGUUAUAAAUAUGGAUGGUCAUUUGCUUUCUCUGCUAUCUCUUUCCUUCUCACAGAGAGUGCUGGUGUGAUGUCCGUCUACCUGUUCAUGAAACGAUACACGGCCGAGGAGAUCUACAGGCCCCACCCCGGCUUCUACCACCCCCGUCUUAGCAACUGCUCUGAUUACUCAGGGCAAUUCUUGCAUCCCGAUGCCUGGGUGCGCGGACGCAGCCCCUCCGAUAUUUCCAGUGAUGCAUCUCUCCAGAUGAACAGUAACUACCCUGCCCUGCUCAAAUGUCCUGAUUAUGAUCAAAUGUCCUCCUCCCCAUGUUGAAUGGCAAUUAACCCCAUUGCCUACUUGGGAUUAAGAGCAAGCAGCUGCUGUGUCCUGACUCAGUUUGUCAUUUUUAGGCCACUUUUUCAGGACAAUCCUCUAUUUAUAUGAUCAUAAAUGGUGUUAAUCAUUGCCUAGAGAGUGUGGUAGUUUUUUGGGUUUUUUUAAAUGAUACUUACCCUGCAUAUCUGAAAUACAUCCAAGUCCUGAUCCCCCAGCCGUUCCACACACCCAACAAGUAGUAGCUUUGGAUGUGGAAUAGAUCCAGGAUUGGGCUUAGAGAGGGUUUGAUAUCAAAGAACCACCAGUAGUAAAAAUGCAUUUCAUGGUAGGUGGCACAAGCUUGUGUGUUUGUAUCAUUUUGCUGUAGAUUUAUUGGCAUGAACGAUACAUGUACAUUUCUAAGUAAUGGUAUUAAUUACAAAAGUAUAAAUUGCAUCUUGAUUUGACAUUCACAAUGAUGGACCAUCAUUUCUGUGUAUCAUUUCUAAGUAGGCCAUAAUGAUCAAUAGCCAUCCCUCCCAACUAUACCUCAGGGGAUUUUCAGAGGUCUAUAAUUAAGUUAGGUUCCCACUGAGUUUCUGUAGGAGCCAAGACAUUCAUUUAGGGCGUUUGGCAAAUCAUGUCCAAAAACCAUUCAUGUUAGACCUCCCUCCAAUAUGACUUUGAAAACUUUUGACAUCAGAAAGGCAAAUUCUUGAAACAAACGGUCAGAUUCUCUGCUGGUAUAAACUGUCAUAGAGCCGUGGAAGUCAGUGGCGCUCGGCUGAUUUCCCCCAACUGAAGAUCUGGUGCAAAUUUUAUAUUUUACAGAAAAUAGUAUACAUUAUUUCAAGCUUGAUUAAUUUUGCAGCGUACCUUCGUUGGGGACCUCGUCAUUCAUGAAAAAGUCAAUGUUAUACACUUUGGUCUUGAGCUACCAGGAGGUGAAUAUCAGUCCAUAUCUAAAUUUAGUUUGGGGAACUGAAGGUGAAAAUCUAUAGACAGUACUGUUGUAAAAAACCACGAGAUUACUGAAAGAACAGUGUCAGAAUGUAUGGUUUCUACUCUUGUUGUUUUAACGGCCUCAGAAAAUGUCAGCAUCAGAAAAUCCUGCAGGUGUUUUUUGUAUAUUAUAUUUUAAUUUAAAGUUUGAUUGUACUAAAUGUAAUGCACUGACUUUCA